AUGCCGUUCCCAGCGCCGACGGAACAGCAAACCGCAGCUGAGCGCGAGGAGGAGGCAGAUUCCCCAGUCACGUCCCACCAGCCGGGCCCUGCAAAGGGCUUCUUGGUGGUGGGAAACGGAGCCAGGAUGGCGCAAACCUUUGUUGUCCCCUGCCCUUGGGUGCUUCCCGGUGUCCCGUGGCGCCCGUGGGUGCGGGAUGUGGGCUGUGUUGCCUCCUCGUUGCUCUCUGUAACGCGCUUUGCUGUCCCCGCAGGCCGGGGCCCCGCGCGGCGCGUGGCGAAGCAGGUUCCCGAGGAGAUCCUGAACGACGCGGAGCUGCAGGAGGCCAUCAAGGUGCUGCCCAGCAACUACAACUUCGAGAUCCCCAAGACCGUGUGGAGGAUCCGACAGGCUCAGGCCAGGAGGGUGGCCCUGCAGAUGCCCGAAGGCCUCCUCAUGUUCGCCUGCACCAUCGCGGACAUCAUCGAGCGGUUCACGGGAGCGGAGGCGGCCGUGAUGGGCGACGUGACCUACGGUGCCUGCUGCGUGGACGACUACACGGCCAAGGCCCUGGGCGCCGACUUCCUCGUGCACUACGGCCACAGCUGCCUGAUUCCCAUCGAUGCCACGCAGGGGCUGAAGAUGCUCUACGUCUUCGUGGACAUCAAGAUCGACACGUCGCACUUCCUCGAGACGCUGCGCUUCAACUUCCCCGCGGGCGCCUCGCUGGCCCUCGUCAGCACCAUCCAGUUCGUGUCCGCGCUGCAGCCCGCCGUAGCGGUGGAGCAGCUACCCCCGCUGCACCGGGUGCCCCGGUGCCGACGUCUGUCCCCGCUGUGUCACUAACCCUGCUCGCCCGCGUGCCCCAGCGCUGCCUGUCCCCCCUGCAGGUACCUGGGCGACGGGCGCUUCCACCUGGAGUCCAUCAUGAUCGCCAACCCGGGCAUCCCUGCCUACAGGUACGAUCCCUACAGCAAGGUCUUCUCGCAGGAGCACUACGGCCACGAGCGCAUGCAGCGCCCGGGGUCCCAGGACGUGCCCGUGCUGCGGGCAGGGCCCUGCUGCCUCCUGGGCUGGAAUGUGCCGUGCCGGGGGCAUCAGCUCACCCGGCGGGUCCUUCGCCUCCCCCAGCACCUGGAGUCGCGGCUCCGCGCCCUGGGACGCCCCUUCGUGCGGGUGCUGCUCUCCGAGAUCUUCCCCAGCAAGCUGCAGCUCUUCGCUGACGUGGACGCGUGGGUGCAGAUAGCCUGUCCCCGGCUCUCCAUCGACUGGGGCGAAGCCUUCAGCAAGCCGCUGCUGACGCCCUACGAGGCGGCCGUGGCGCUCCAGGAGGUCGAGUGGCAGCAGUCCUACCCCCUGGACUUCUAUGCCAGCCAGUCCCUGGGGCCCUGGACCGUCAACCACCGCAGCCCCAUUGCGCUGCCCACGCUGCACGUCGUGGGCCAGGCCGACGCCGUCAUCGCCCCCCAGCUCAGCCGGGAGCUGGCGCGGAGCUUCGUGGAGCCCGUGGUGCUCGAGCACCCCGGGGGGCACUUUGUGCCGGCGGCGGCAGCGCAGAAGAAGGGCUACCUGGCCUUCCUGGAGCGCUUCCAACCCGCGCAGGGCCAGCCAUGGGUGCCAGGGGCUGAGGCCUUGUGA